AUGGAGGACAAGAAAAUAUGGAGUCCUGAGUCCUCCUCGAAUCCCUCUGCCUAUGAGGCCGACAUGCACAAUGUGCACCGCACCUUCGCCCGCCGCCUGACCGAGUCCUUCAAACGAGAUCCCCACGCGAGUGUCACCCGAUCGGCCUCGUUCAGCGCAGGGGAUGGAAAAGGGUACGACGCCGAGGCUGCCGCUCAAGCGACGGCGCUGUCACCUUUGCUGAGAAGGCUGAAAGGGCGACACUUGCAGAUGAUUGCCAUUGGCGGGAGUAUCGGUACGGGACUCUUCGUCGGCAGUGGGAAGGCACUGGCCCAUGGUGGACCGGCGUCGUUGUUGCUGGCGUUUUCUUUGACCGGCUGUAUGAUGUACUGCACGGUCCAGGCGCUGGGAGAGCUCGCUGUGUUAUUUCCGGUCGCCGGAUCGUUCGCGUCGUACUCGACAAGAUUUCUGGACCCGGCCUGGGGCUUCGCGAUGGGCUGGAACUACGCAUUAAACUGGCUUACGGUCUUGCCUUUGGAGAUCGUCAGCGCCUCCAUCACAGUCGACUACUGGGUUCAAAACGUUUCGCUGAAUGCCGCCUGGGUGUCCAUCUUCUUGAUCCUUAUUGUAUUAAUCAAUUUCUUCGGCGUGAAAGGGUAUGGCGAGGCCGAAUUUAUUUUCAGCGUUGUCAAGGUGACUGCUGUUAUUGGGUACAUUCUACUCGGAGUCCUUAUCAACAUCAUGGGCGGCGUCGACUCCGCUGGAAGGCCGAAUGGCAGCUACCUGGGGUUUCGCCUGUGGCACCACCCAGGAGCAUUUCAUAACGGUUUCAAAGGUCUCUGCAGCACGUUCGUGACAGCCGCAUUUGCAUUUGCAGGAACGGAACUCGUCGGCCUCGCCGCGGCAGAGACGGAGAAUCCCAGGAAGGCUCUGCCCACUGCCAUCAAACAGGUUUUCUGGCGAAUCACCCUCUUUUACGUAGUCAGUCUUCUCCUGGUCGGCACCCUUGUGCCCUACGACGACCCGCGCCUCCUGAAUGGCAAAAGCUCGGCCGACGCCAAAGCCUCGCCGUUUGUGAUCAGCAUUCAAAACGCCGGCAUUGAGGUUCUCCCAUCGGUCAUGAACUGCGUCAUCAUGAUCAGCGUCCUCAGCGUCGGCAACUCGGCCAUCUACGGCAGCUCGCGAACCCUGGCUGCGCUUGCAGAACAGUGCCAGGCACCCUCCUUCCUGGCGUACAUUGAUCGCAAAGGCCGGCCGCUCUACGCGAUCAUCGUUGCAUCCGUGCUGGGACUACUAGGGUACCUAGCAGCCACACAGAAACAACAAGACGCAUUCAACUGGAUGCUCGCCCUCUCCGGCCUGUCCAGCAUACUCACCUGGGCGAGCAUCUGCCUCGCGCACAUCCGCUUCCGCCACGCCUGGGCGCUCCAAGGCCAUUCUCUCGACGAACUGGCGUUUCGCAGCCCCGUCGGCACGAUCGGAUCUUGGGUCGGCUUUAUAUUUAAUGUGCUGGUGCUGAUUGGGCAAUUCUGGACCGGGUUUUCGCCCGUCGGCUGGCAGCACAUGUCGGUAUCUGACAGAAUCGCGAAUUUCUUCCAGGCAUACCUUGCAGCCCCAAUCGUCGUGCUGAUGUACCUGGGGUACAAGACGUAUAUGAAGACGCAUAUCUUGCGAGCGAGGGAUAUGGAUCUGUUCACCGGAAAGCGGGAGUUCAACGUCCGCGUGCUGCUCGCGGAGGAAAAGGCAGAUCGCAAGCGCUGGCCGCGGUGGAAGAAGUUGUACAAGUUCUUCUGCUAG